AUGAAUGCACCUCCAUCUUCUUCACCAAAUACUUUCCCUCGAAACGGAAAGUACAGUGUUCAUGUGACGCCCGGCCACAUUGUGGUGCGUCCGUUUGAGACGGUAGAGUUCACCUGUACCGCGUUGCAACAGGGCGAGCGACCUCGAAUGGUAUUUGCCGUCGAUGGGACCGAUGUUGAGCAGGAUGCACGCUUCCGCAUCUCUCGUCCGGACGUGCAGACCGUCAAAGUGACAAUUCCACACGGCUUGUCGGCACGUGGCUAUGAAAGCAUCGGACUACGGUAG